AUGUGGAGCCUGGGUUGUAUGUUUGCAGGAAUGAUAUUUCGGAAGGAGCCAUUCUUCUAUGGUCACGACAACAACGAUCAGCUUGUCAAAAUCGCCAAGGUUCUUGGGACAGAUGAGUUGAAUGCAUAUUUGCACAAAUAUCAUCUGGAGCUGGAUCCUCAACUUGAUGCUCUUGUUGGAAGGCACAGCAGGAAGCCUUGGUCCAGAUUUAUUAAUGCAGACAAUCAGCAUCUGGUUUCCCCAGAGGCCAUUGAUUUUCUUGAUAAGCUGCUUCGCUAUGAUCAUCAAGACAGGCUUACAGCAAAAGAAGCAAUGGCACAUCCAUAUUUCUUCCAAGUGAAGGCUGCUGAAAAUAGCAGGAUGCGGACACAGUAA